GUUCUCUUAUUAAAUAUUUGUGUGCGAAAUUCCGCGGUUAAUUUGGCAAAAAAGAAAAAAAAAAAACAAAAACAAAAGAUCAUGGACAGAAUCGUAGUGGUCUUUGACUUCGACAAGACCAUCAUCGAAUGCGACUGCGAAAACUUGGUCGUCGACGAGUUGGGCGCCACGGAUCUAUUCAACCAACUUCUUCCAACCAUGACAUGGAACUCUCUCAUGAAUAGGAUGAUGAAGGAGCUUCAUGAACAAGGAAAAACCAUUGAAGACAUUGUGGAGGUCCUAAAACAGACUCCUAUACAUCCAAGAGUUGUUGCUGCCAUUAAAGCUGCUCAUGCUCUCGGGUGCGAUUUAAGAAUUGUUAGUGAUGCAAACGCCUUUUUCAUUGAGACGAUUUUGGAGCAUCUUGGGCUGAUGGAAUGCUUUACCGAGAUCUACACUAAUCCAAGCUUCGUUGAUGAAGAAGGAAGGCUUAGGAUUUUCCCUUUUCAUGUCAACAAGUGUCCCCUUGGCUGGAACCUCUGCCCUCCAAACAUGUGCAAGGGUCUGAUUUUAGAAAGAAUCAGAGCUUCUAUGGCAGCUGAGGGAAACAAAAGGUUCAUUUACCUUGGUGACGGCGUUGGGGAUUACUGCCCAAGUUUAAAGCUCAAAGGGAGAGAUUUUGUGAUGCCAAGAAAGAAUUUCCCAGUAUGGGAAUUAAUUUCUAAGAACCCACAACUUAUUAAGGCCAAUAUCCAAGCGUGGACCGAUGGGGAAGAGCUUGAGAAGACUCUGCUAAGCCUAAUUGACACAAUUUUCAUCGAGGAAAACGCUUCUUUGAUCAUUACACGAUUUGACAACUAGUUGCCAACCGUUUGUGCGCUUUUUGCAAGCUUACUG